AGCUAGUACGGUACAGUAUUUUUUUCAAUUUUGAUCAUCAUCACCAUCUGAAACCACUCGAACACGCCGAGUGCAAGCGAGUCCUAACAAUGGGAUAGAACGACGGUAGUAUUUCCAUUUUCACUGUUGUCUACUGUUGUCUAGCAUAGACAUCAGAGUAAACUGUAUUAUUUUUGAACACGUUGUUCAAAGUAUCAGCMCCUCUAUUGAUAACCGGGCCAAGAGCUACCAAGGAAUUCAGAAUCGAGUAAUUUACAAUGAACGCCCCAGAAAGAACGCAAUCGUUUCUUCUCGACGAAGAUACUGGAGAACUCAAGAUUGUAUACACAGCAGAUACGAAGGUAAGCUAAGGAARAGGUGGCGACUAUGAGAAUAGAAACAUUAUUGUUAGUGUUUUGUGGUGUGGAAUGCUUUGUUUCAUGGCAAAGGAAAAAUUUGUGGUGUUGGCGUUAUCGAGSCUUCACGUGACUUUUCUCUUUCAUCAACUCAUCAUCUGUAUUUUUCUUCGUAUUGYUUUCUUUUCAAAAUUGAAAGGUGACAAAUGCUGGUACAUUUCGUUUCAAYAAAGAAGACCACACAGUUGGAAACCUUUUCCGAAUGCAGCUCUUGAGAGAUCCCUCCGUUCGAUUUGCCGGAUACCUCCAUCCUCAUCCUCUCGUCUAUUUCAUCGAUCUGAAAAUUCAAACCAACAAUUCAACCGUUGCCCCCGUAGAAGUUUUAUCGGCCGCCAUCGACGACUUGUCUAACGAAACAGACCACUUGAUGACACAGUUUCAAGAGGCUUGCGAGGAAUGGAAGCGAACGAAUGACACAGAAGUCAGUGGGAAUUUUUAGAAACAGUAUACUGUACUACGAUAACUAGUAAUGUGGGCCAAUACAAUCAAUCAAGAGUG